AUGCGUGAUGUUAGCGAGGUGGCGCUUGGAGCUGUGUUGAGAGCGUAUUUGCUAGAGACCAAGGUGGUGGUCCACACUGAUCAUACAGCUCUGAGGGCUUCUUUAGCAAAAUACGGUGUUAAGAAACAUAAGGUGGCAACUCCAUACCACCCACAAACUAGUGGGCAAGUGGAGGUUUCAAACAGAGAAAUCCAAGACAUCCUUGCUAAAACUGUGAAUUCCAAUAGACAAGACAGGUCACAAAAGCUGGAUGAUGCUCUUUGGGCAUACAGAACAGCUUUUAAAAUGCCUAUUGGUAUGUUGCCAUACAAACUUGUGUAUGGAAAGGCAUGUCACUUGCCAAUUGAAUUGGAGUAUAAAGCAUUAUGGGCACUCAGAAGACUGAAGUCGGACUAG